AGAUUUGUAAGACCGUGCUCACGGAUCACCGAAAGUAGGUGGUUUGUGGUGUUUAUUGAAAUUGGUUUGAUCCAGUAUUAUAUAUAAACCACAAUCUUACAUACAGGUUUGUCUUAAAAAGAAACCAAUCUCUAUAGAGUGGUGUGGUUCUCAUUUUGUCCGAGUUUUAAGAGUUUGAAAUAAUCAUAACGCGGCCCUGAUAUCUAAGAAUGGACGUGGGUAGAGUCUUAGAGCAACCUGGGUAGAGUAGGAAUGAAAAUUUUGACAAAUCGUACUGGCUAACAAAACAUAACGAGGGUAUUGAUAAGUUUUAAUAGAGAAUAGAAAGAUAUACGUAGGUAAACCUAUAUAUGUAAUAGAAAUGUCUAAUACUAUUGCAAAAAUAGGUAAACAGAUGUCUUUCACUCUCUUUCAUUCCACUUUAUAUUUUCAAUAUUAAGUCUAUGGGCAAUACAUAAUCAUAUAUUUGACAUAUGUCUUCUGAUUUGCGAAUCACAGAAUUUGUUUAAAAAUUUUUAUACAGAUUGAGUUGAGUUUAUGAUUUAACUUUCAAUUAACUAUAUUUAAUUAGUGGUUAAAUUAGUAAAAAAGAUUGAGACAAUUGUAUAACCAUUUAACGUUAGAAAAUAUGUGCAGUAAAGCUAUAAAUUUGCGUGUGCAGUUACAAGGAAUAAUAGCUUCAGGAGGAUCUCACAAAGAUCAGGCUGAAAAGUACAGAGCAACUCUGGAUACAAUUUUCAAAGAAAGUGAUGAUGACUUAGUUGAUUGUUUACAAACUUUUAUAGAAGCUAUUGUCAAUGAGAAUGUGAGCUUGGUAAUAUCCCGCCAGAUUCUGACAGAAAUUAGUAUGCAUUUGAUGAAACUUCCUGAUGAUGUAUCAAAACCAGUGUCACAUUUUAUGUUAGAAAAGGUACAGCCCAGAGUAAUAUCUUUUGAAGAACAGGUAGCUAGUAUUAGACAACACUUAGCACAUAUAUAUGAAAGGAAUCAAAUGUGGAAAGAGGCUGCAAUUGUUUUGGUUGGCAUACCUUUGGAAACAGGGCAGAAGCAGUAUCCAAUUGAUUAUAAACUUGAAACAUACUUAAAAAUUGCCAGACUGUAUUUAGAAAAUGAUGAUCCAGUACAAGCUGAAGCAUUUAUAAAUAGAGCUUCACUUCUUCAAGCCGAAUCUCGUAAUGAGCAACUUCAAAUUUAUUAUAAAGUAUGCUACGCUCGAGUUUUGGAUUACCGUAGAAAAUUUAUAGAAGCUGCACAAAGAUAUAAUGAAUUAUCUUAUAGGACCAUUGUUCACGAAGAUGAAAGAAUGACUGCUCUAAGAAAUGCUUUGGUAUGCACCGUUUUGGCAUCUGCAGGUCAACAAAGAUCUAGAAUGUUGGCUACAUUGUUUAAAGAUGAAAGAUGUCAACAAUUGCCAGCAGUCGCUAUUUUAGAAAAAAUGUAUCUGGAACGAAUAAUCAGAAGAUCUGAACUCAGAGAUUUUGAGGCUUUACUUCAACCGCAUCAAAAAGCUUCUACCAUUGACGGUUCUACAAUACUGGAUAGAGCUGUUAUUGAACAUAAUUUACUGUCGGCUAGCAAAUUAUACAAUAAUAUAAGUUUUGAGGAAUUGGGAGCACUAUUAGAAAUUGUUCCUUCAAAAGCCGAAAAAAUUGCUAGUCAGAUGAUUACAGAAGGAAGAAUGAAUGGUUACAUAGAUCAGAUAGAUUCAAUUGUUCAUUUUGAAACACGCGAGACGCUUCCUCAAUGGGAUAAGCAGAUUCAAUCUUUGUGUUAUCAAGUAAAUUCUAUCAUUGAAAGUAUAUCAAAACAUCAUCCAGAAUGGAUGUUGAAAGUCAUGGAUGAACAAAUGGUGUCUUAAUUAUUGUUAUUUUCGAUUGUGGAUGUAUGUAACUUAUUUAAAUGCUACUCUAUUUGUAAAUUAAAAUACUGCACUUUAAUAUGGAGCUUAAAAUGAUUGUAAUUUUAUUUUUUUUUUCUCUUAUAAUUAAACUUGUAAUUUCUAGAUAGAAAAUUUGUAAAAUAUCUCAAGUACUUACUUGUAACUCUAGAGGUGUUGGUCUACUACAGUGAUUAGAAAUUAGAUGAUUAUUUAAUAUUUGGGAAACUUUACAAAAGUUUUUUAUUAGGUGUAUUCUAAAUGAUGGAUAUUUUGACCUUUGAAGACUUCUUAUUGAUUUGUUUUGGUUUUUAUUUAUUUACUAUUGUAACUUGAGCAAAUUAUCAUAAAUUCAGAAGCAUUGAGGUUUUUAAAAGCAAAUAACUUGAGAUCUUAUCUAAUCAGGUGAGGCAAAGUUUUUUCUGGGUGUAUCAGCUGAAUAGACAUGAAAGAAAAAAUUAUGGAAAAGUAAAUAAUAGUUGUUUAUUCAUUACACUGGCCUACAUGAUUUUGGUGACAGUUCAAUCAAUUACCACUUUUAAAUAUGUUCUUUUUUAUUCGCAAAUAGUAAAUUUUUCUUCGUUAAAUUGGUCUGUAUUUAUAAACAGAAAGAUUUAUAGCAAGUUCUGUGUAAUUACUGACAAAAAUGGCAAGUCACACGCGCGGGAGUUGCAACAUUUUUCCUAGCAGGUUUUGUUAUAUUUGUAGAGAAUUGAUGGUAAAGUCACAAGCGUUAUUCCAUGUAAUUUAGUGUUGUAAUCAAAGCACAAGACAAACGGGCUUAGCAUGGUAUCAACUGCAGUAUGUCAUUGGUUCAGUGGAUAGAAGGAAAAUUAUAUCAUUAUUUUGUAUUUGAUAAGAAUUCGUAGGGUCUUGUUCAAUUUUUGUGUAAGUUGUCUCAUCAUUUUAUCAUUAUAAUCUCUUGAUUUCAAAUUAACAGCUUUAUUAGAUUUAUCUGCUUUAAAAAUUUUGAGAUGUGUGCUUUACUUGAUCAAUUCUUUGGUUUUAGUUAAAUUUUGAGGUUUGAUAUUGCUCUGUUGUUAUUUUAAUAAUAAUAGAAAUCAUUUCAACUGUCCCAGAAAUAAUAAUUUCCAAGUCAACUGAUUAAUAUAAGACUUUACUUUAAUGAUAUUCCGAAUAGAAGUAGUAAUAUUAAUAAUAAUAGAUAUCGUAAUUUCAGAUAUCAGAAUCAGCAACUAGAUUCACAUCAGAAGAACUAUAUAAUAAUGACUAUGAUAACAAAAAUGAAAAAUUGGUAGAUGAUUUUAAAAAUUUUCUUGCAUAUGAAGAAAAUAAUAACAAUUAAACCUAAAUUUUCGAAAAGAAUCUCUCAGAAAGAAUUAAAAAGUCGAAAUAAAUAUUGCUGCUAAUAAUCCAUUGCCAUACAUUGAAAUUGAAAAACCCAAAUUAAAACUUUUAUUUGAUAUUGAUAAAUUAAGACCUGUAAUCUUUGAAAGACAUUACCCGUUGUAUCUAUCAUUUAAAUAAAACAUAUUUAGGAAAAGUAUAUAUUCCAUUGACGAUAGUUCAAAAUGGCUACGUAGUAGUGAAAAAGUGAAACAUUUAAAACAAUUUUUAUAACUUUAAAUGAACCUUUUAUUUAUCCUUUCGAAACCUCACAGUAUGAAAUUCAUAAUUCCGCUUAUUUAAAUGAAAUAAAAGGAAAAAAGAGAGAAAACCAAAAUAAAAAAUUAUAGUCGGCAUAAUGCAGAUUAAAUUAUGCAAAAAACAGAAGUGAAUUAAUUAGAACAGAUCACCUGAAUUCAGAAGAAACAAGUAACAUAAUCGGGGUGAUCCGGUAACGUUUACUUCAAAAACAACAGAAGAAAUUUCAGUACAUGUAAAAAAGACAGGUCAAUUAAAUGCUGGAAAAAGAACUAUAAGACCUUCAUAUUCCUCAUGGCGUUCACAAAUUCAAAAAUUAGAUGCACCAGGCAAACAAAUAUGUAGUUUAGUACAGAUUUCUGAAAAUUAAAUGAGAAAAUAUUUUGUGAUUAAUAUCCAGCCCCAAAUAUUACUACUACAUUUCUGUGAGCAAAAGGUCCACCAUGUGAGUUCCUAAGAUGGUGCAGGGUUUUAAGAGUGUACUGGGGUAACCAAGAAAGACGUCGAAGAUUUUUUAUGUUCAGAAUGCAACUACAGGCCUACUAAAAAUUAUUGGACUUCUACUAGUUGCAUGUUAAAACUUAAUUUUUGUUAAUAGGUAGUUUCGUUAUUUAGAUUUAAGUUUUGCUAUGUCUAAGAUGGUCCACAGUACAAUUUAUGACAAAAUAAAAGGAAGUGUAACAGACUGAUUAGCUAGAAGUAUAUUUAUUGUUUUUGAUAGCAAUAAUAAAUUACUAACAUCCGGCCAUGAUAAGUACUUACGUUCCCAAAAAGGCCCACCUAGAAAGAAAGAAAUAUGGAACAUGUUCAUUUAAAUGUUGAUUUUAUUCAUAAAUUAAUUAGGAAUAUUAUGAUAUUGUGAUUAUGAUACUUAUAUUAAAAAAAUAAAUAUCUCAUUUUGACAUAA